AUGGAAGAUUCCAUCGCAACCCUGAGCCCUAAUUCGGAGGAAUUAAAUUUCCGGAUUUAUAGGUGCUUCAUCCUUCGACAUUGGGAACUGAGAGAGAGAUCUUGUCUAGCUCGACCUGCACCCGGCGGGGGUGCCAUUCUGGGCUUUAUUUUCUCCAGUAUUUUCCAAUGCAUCUGCUCGACCAGCACCUUGACAGUCUUUCUUUUCUCCACUAAUUUCUUAAUACAUCUGUUCGACCGGCGUCUCCAGAGAUUUGCUCGACCGGCACCUUCCGAGACAUCUGCUCGACCGGCACCUUCAGAGGCUUUCAUUUCUCCACUAGUUUUUCAAAAGAUCUGCUCGACCGGUACCUUCAAAGGCAGGCUCUCUUUAGUAUUCGCUCGACCGGCGCCUUCCGCGGUAGGCUUUAAUUUAAGCUCACUAUAUCUCUUAAGACAUCUGCUCGACCGGCACCUUCACAGCUCGACCGGCAUCUUCCUGGUCCUCUUUCUUCUGCUCGACCGGUGCCCUAAAUAG